CUCAAAAUGGUUCAAGCUGCAAGACUGUAGUCUAUCACUGCUUGUGUGCCCACAGUCAAGAGUUACUUCGACGAUGGCCACAGUGCUUCAGUGGGGCCUCUAGAGAUCAAUUCAAUUCAUUGCAUCACCUACUUGUACCAGUACCACCUGUCGUCUAAUCAAGGCACCGUGCGGUACCACCUAACAAGUUCCAGGACUCUGUGUACAGCCCAAACCGUAACGGUUCCCCUUACUGGACAGUUGGCUGUCCAAGUUCCAAGCAAGCUUUGGUACUGGUACCUGGGGUACCUUUUUGUGGUGUCACAAACCCAAGAGACCGGAAGACGGGAAACAAAUGAGUCUAAGAUGACGUUUCGAAAGAUAUAUGGCUUUUCAACCUUGAUGCAAUCUUCCAAACUACCCACGUCAAUCUCCGGGUGUGCGCUUCAUUUUUCGAAAAGCUUCUUCGGCUAGCUAUAGAAGACAGAAGACAGAAGACAGCACCAUGGGUUUCUUUGAUACCUUGACAGAGACCAUUACAGGUCGUAAUGCCAAUGGUCGCACUCCACAGGAAGAAGCUCAUUUCCACCGUGGCAAAUGGCUUGAGUACGACUUUUACAACUUUGCACAAGUCUGGAUCAUUCCAGAAGGUCACGUCCACUCAAGCCAAAUCGUUGAACGAUUCCAAGUCGGUGUCCACAAAAAGUAUGGUGGUGAAGAGUAUGUGACGGACAUUGAGGCACUGCAGUUGCUGGCACGAUGGAAUGAUCGCUACGGCAAGGCCAAAUGGUCCCCCAAGGGAACCUACAUUGGAUUCCAGCUCAACCCUGCCGCCAUCAAGGCUGCAGAAGACUACGACAAGGAACUCAAAGAAGCCAAGGCAGCCGCCCGUGAAGCCAAACGCAAUAAGAGUCACAAGAAAAAGAAGAAAAAGUCGGAAAUGGAACCCAAACCACUCACAGCCACCUUUCGCAAUACUGGGACCAAUAUUCAGUUGCAGCGGGCACAGCUCUACUAUGAAACAACCUUGUGGGGGAACAUUGGACAUGGUGAUCCACCCAUUUCGGUGGGAUCCUUUACUGGACACAGGUGGUUUGUCAAGGUGAGCGAUACAGUCAUGAAAGAAAUGGAAAUUGGAACCGAUGAUGUCCAAGAAUUCACUUUUUAGAUUGGAUUGGAUUGGAUUGAUUGGUGGAUGGAGUUCUUCAAAGUGUAGCAUUGUGCUGGUACCAGUACAUGUACCGUACAUGACAUUGUAGGAGUUUGUGUUGGAGCAGUGUACCGGUAUACGUAGCGAGAUUCUAUUCUGCACUCUUCUUUCUACUACUAGCUAGUAGAUAACGUAAUGAUAAACAGUAGUCACUAUCAUGCCAUGUUG